UUACAUCAUAUUGCUUUAACAUCAGGGAAUAAAUUACAUUUGAAAGGUCUGCUUAUUGUGUCAGAAACCAAGGCCAAAGGUAUGAACAAGGUGUCAAUUCUGAAGGGAAGACUUUUAUAAGGAUGGACCCACACCCAAAGGUCUCCAGCAUAUAUAAUGGGGAUACUUUACAGAUUCCUGUGUGUGAAAGAGCUUCUCAGUAUGAGGACCAGUUAGAAAGACAGGAGGACAGGCCUGAAGAAGAAAGACAGUAUAAAUGCAGUGAGUGUGGAAAGAAGUUUGCCCAGAGUUCAAGCCUUGUUCGACAUAGGAGAAUCCACACUGGAGAGAAACUCUAUGAAUGCGAUCACUGUGGAAAAGCCUUCAGUGCACGCUCAACCCUCACUCUGCAUGAAAGAAUCCACACUGGUGAGAAACCCUAUACUUGUAAUGAGUGUAGGAAAGCAUUCGGUGUGGGGGCACACCUCCUUAUACAUCAGAGAAUCCACAAUGGAGAAAAACCCUAUGAAUGUAAUGAAUGUGGCAGAGCAUUUAGUGGGAACUCAGACCUCAUCAAACAUCAGAGAAUCCACUCUGGUGAGAAACCUUAUGAGUGUGAUGAGUGUGGGAAAGCCUUCAGCGUGAGCUCAGACCUCAUCAAACAUCAGAGAAUCCACACAGGAGAGAAGCCAUAUGAGUGUAAGGAGUGUGGGAAGACCUUCUAUGUGAACUCAGCCCAUAUUAAUCACCAGAGGAUUCAUUCUGGAGAAAAGCCCUAUAAGUGUGGAGAAUGCUGGAAAGCAUUCAGCCAGAUCUCAGCUCUUAUUCUUCACCAGAGAAUCCACACUGGAGAGAAACCAUACAAGUGUGGCAAAUGUGGGAAAGCAUUCCGUGGGAGCUCUAAUCUUACUAAACACCAGAAAAUACAUGCCAAAGGAAAGUGUCAUCAGUGA